AUGCUGCAGCCUCAAUUCCGACCCCUCCUCGCGGGGACAGCUUCCUUUGCCCAAACCGUGCUGGGCCGCACCGUCGCCAGAUGCUAUGCCACCAAGGCCGCCACACAAUCAGGAAGCACCAGCACCACCAGCACCAGCACCAAAAAAGAUGCCAAGGCCAAGACCGUAACUCCCUACGUCCGGGACGCCGGCAUGAUGAGAACCUACAAGCCGCACACGCCCGGUAUCCGUCACUUGAAGCGCCCCAUCAACGACCACCUGUGGAAGGGCCGGCCGUAUCUUCCUCUUACCUUCCCCAAGAAGGGUCAGUCCAAGGGUGGACGUAACCACAGCGGUCGCAUUACCGUCAGACAUCGUGGUGGUGGUCACAAGCGAAGAAUCCGUAUGGUCGACUUCGAACGAUGGAUUCCGGGUCCGCACACAGUCCUGCGCAUCGAGUACGACCCCGGUCGCAGCGCACACAUUGCGCUGGUGAAGGAGGAGGCCACAGGGAGGAAGAGCUAUAUCGUCGCGGCGGAUGGCAUGAGGGCGGGAGAUGUCGUGCAGAGCUACCGGUCCGGUCUUCCCCAGGACCUGCUCGAUUCCAUGGGUGGUGUCGUUGAUCCUGGUAUUCUGGCUGCGAGGACAUGCUGGAGAGGCAACUGCUUGCCCGUGUCCAUGAUUCCAGUCGGAACCCAGAUCUACUGCGUUGGCUCCCGUUCGGACGGCAAGGCUGUCUUCUGCCGCAGUGCCGGGACAUAUGCCACCAUUAUUUCCAAGGAGGAGGAGACUCGUGAGGAUGGUACAAAGGUUAUGACGGGCAAGUUCGUCAACGUUAGACUGCAGAGUGGAGAAAUCAGAAGGGUCAGCAAGGACGCUUGCGCCACCGUUGGUAUUUCCAGCAACAUUAUGCAUCACUACAGACAAUUGGGCAAGGCCGGUAGAAGCCGUUGGCUCAACAUCAGGCCCACUGUGAGAGGUUUGGCCAUGAACGCAAAUGACCAUCCUCACGGUGGUGGUCGUGGUAAGUCGAAGGGUAACAGGCACCCUGUCUCUCCUUGGGGCACACCUGCCAAAGGUGGUUACAAGACACGCAGAAAGUCCAACGUCAACAAGUGGGUGGUUACUCCCCGGGUCCGCAACAUGGGUGUCCGGAGGAACAAGAAGACUACAUAA